AUGCGGUUGCGCGAGCAGGACUUGGCGGCAGGGCUGGAGUUGUUGCCGGAGGGAUUCGAGGCGCCACAGCACGGACUCAACGCGGGGCUGCACGGGGCGCUGCACCUCGCGCGAGGCAAGCUCCUCGACGCCGCUGAUCAGCCCGCGCUGGCUGCCACAGCCUACCAGCGAGCUCUGCUGCAGGACCCGCUUUGCUCCGAGGCCCUGGAGAAGCUCGCCGACCGCCAUCUCCUGCCUCCGGACCAACGGCGGUGGCUUGUGGUGAACGGCGCAGUGCGAGCGCUCUUUUAUCAGGUCUGUGAGGCACUACCACAGGAGCUUUCAUCCGUCCGAGCCCUCUAUGCUACGAAGCUGCGUGUCGACGAUAGCGAGGAACAGGCAGGAAAAGAGGAGCCACGGCCGGCCCGACCUCGGGCUGACGCCAACUUGGCUCGUGUGGCGGCCGACGCAGAGGUAGGAGGUGUUGACACGUGCUUCUUCUACCAGGGCCGGCUGCAGGAGUGUCACCGCCUCACGAAGCACAUCCUCGACGAAGACCCGUACCGCGAAGGGUCUCUCCUGUGGCUCUACGCGUCGGUGCUGGUCGAGUUAGGUAAGAAGCGGGAACUGUUCGCCUGGGCGCACGCCGUGGCGCAGCGGCACACGGGCAAGGCGGAGGCCUGGUACGCGGUCGGCUGCUACUAUCUCGUCACCGGCAAACUGGAGUCGGCCCGCACCUACCUCAGCAAGGCCACCACCCUCGCUCUUCCUGCCGAGGCCGGCCCUGCCUGGCUGGCGUUUGGGCGUGCCUUUUCCGAGCAGGGGGAGCAGGACCAGGCCAUGGCGGCCUAUCGCACGGCGCACCGCUGCCUGCCUUCCUCGUACAUCCCGCUCCUCUGCAUCGGCACCGAGCUCAUCCGCGCUCACAACUUCAACCUCGCCCGGCAGUACCUCCGGCAGGCGCGUGGGCUGAGCGGGGAGGAUGCGCUGGUGUGGAACGAGCUGGGCGUGGUGGCCUACCACAACAAGCAGUACAGCAAGGCAGCCACGCAGUUGGAGCGUGCGGUGGCGCUGUGGCAGCACACGGGCGGGGACGUGUCGUCCGGCUGGGAGGAGGCCAUGAUGGCCAACCUGGGCCACGCCUACCGCAAGCUGGGCCGGUACCCCGACGCGGUCGCCUGCUUCGAGCAGGCCCUCUCCCUCCACGAUUCUCCUGAAACGCACGCGGCGCUCGCCUUCACACACCACCUGCGGGGCCACCUGGACACGGCCAUCCAGCACUACCACACCGCCCUCUCCUUUCUCCCCAACCACGCCUUUGCCACCCACAUGCUCUCCGCCGCCCUCUCCGCUGCUCCGCUCCCCUGA